AUGUAUACCGUAUCAAAAUUUGGUAAUUAUAAAGCAGAACAUGUGGGUAGGGGAAGAGGAAUAAGUCUAAGAACUGUACCUUACAAUAAAUGCUUAUGUGAUAGACCACAUUGCCAUGUGUUAUGUAAUGUUUGUGGUUAUUGGACAAGGGGUAGAGUACGUUAUUUUUGUCCUAUUCAUCCACAGAUAAUUUUCUUGUUUGACAUUGCUCAAUGUCCACAAUGUAAAUCUUAUGCCUUUAUGUUGAGUGAAUUUUAA